GAGUGACCUGUAUAAAUAUCUAACAUCUAAUGAACAUCUCAUCAAGGUCUCCAGCAGUCAGACAUGUCUCCAGUGCCCUGCCUCGUCCUACUGCUCGCCUUUAGCUAUGUGAGCACGUCCGCAUUACCUGAUGCAGAAAAGAUAUUACCAAUACCUGUUUUUGACUUGGAGAAGCCGGGGACUUGUCCUGCGGAUGUGGACUACCCGAGGUGUGACAAUCCCACAAUUCACUACUUACCAGAUUGUGAUCUAGACCAAGAAUGUGAGGGGAAGAAGAAAUGCUGCUUCUCGGGAUGUAAAAAGCGCUGCCUGCUUCCUCUACAAGUUAAGAAAGAUUCCUGUCCAUACUUCAACCAUUCGAUCUGUGUGCAUGUCAGGCCUUCACCUCCAGAGUGCCACUCAGAUGAUCAGUGCCAAGGAACCGACCGCUGCUGCUGCUCAGGCUGCAACCGCCGGUGCGUCCCAACAGUGACAGUGAAGCCAGGACAAUGUCCAGCACCAAAGAAAAAGUGCUUCAAAAUUGAUUUUCCAAAGUGUAAAACUGACAGCAACUGCACUGGGAAGGAGAAAUGCUGUGACCGGUGUGGACUGAAAUGUGUGACUCCAGAACAGGAACAUGAUGGGGUAUGCCCCACCAGCAUCGAGAACUUGUCCUGCCUCACAUUUUAUAAAGCCCUGUGUAACCGAGACUCUGACUGCCCACGGAAGCAGAAAUGCUGCCUGUCCGAUAACACCCUGCAGUGCCAGGCAGUUAAGAAUGAAAAGCCUGGAUCCUGCCCUAGUCCGAGCAAACUGUGCAAGCGUCCAAUUCUCCCACCGCUAUGCAUCUCUGAUCAAGACUGUCCUGGAGCAAAGAAGUGCUGUACUCCAGAAUGUCAAGACACGUGCCAGGACCCCUCUAUGUAGAAAUGUCAAGUCUUCUGAAAUUUGAAAAAAAAAUCUCCUUAAUUGCAGUCAAACCCUAAGCCUGUGGACUCCCAACCAGAAGAGCUGUGACGUUGACUGCAAAAUUGGUUGUGAGGUGUGAAGUCUUCCUCCAUGCAGAUGUGGAUUAUGGAAAUGGAUGCCAUGUAAGGGAUCUCUCCAGAAGAAUAGAACUAUGGUCCCUGCAAUUCCACAUGACAUGAAAUAAAUCUGAAUGAUAUCAA